ACACACGAAUCCUUUUGUAAGAUCCAUAGUUAAGGUUCCUUCUUUCUUCGCUUCUUCAUCUUCUUCUUCCUUUGUCUCUUUUCUCAACCACCAACAAUACCAACAAAGCGCGUUACCAUGGUUGUUAAGAUGAUGAAAUGGCGUCCAUGGCCCCCACCAAUUUCCCGUAAAUUCGAAGUCAAACUCCUCAUCAAAACUCUCUCCGGCGGUUUCGAUCUCUCGCCGGAGAAUACAUUCGCCGUUGAAAUUCGUUGGAAAGGUCCUAAACUUGCUCUCAGUUCGCUUCGCCGGAACGCUGUUGUGAGAAAUUUUACUGGUGAGGCUCAUACUAAGGGAGAUGAACACGAUGUCGUUUUGUGGGAUGAAGAGUUUUGUAGCUUUGUUAAUCUUUCUGCUAAUAAGGAAAAUGGUUUUCAUCCUUGGGAGAUCGCUUUCACCGUUUUCAACGGUUUGAAUCAGAGGCCAAAGAACAAGAUUCCUGUGGUUGGAACAGGUUCUUUGAAUCUAGCUGAGUAUGCAUCUGUUGUUGAUCAGAAGGAUUUUGAUUUGAGCAUUCCACUUACAAUUCCUGGUGGUGCUUCUGUUGACCCUUCUCUUUCACUCACUAUAUCAAUCAGCUUAGUGGAGCUAAGAGUGGCUCAAGAGAAUAGUGAGCUUGGUCAUAAGUCAAUAGUGCCUGUUGCAUCACCCUUGAACCAAUCAGGAGAGUCAGAGAAAGACGAGGUUUCCACCAUCAAAGCUGGUCUUAGGAAAGUGAAGAUUUUGACCGAGUUUGUGUCAACAAGGAAAUCAAGGAAACCAAGCCGUGAGGAAGAGGGAAGUGAAGGAAAUUACUCUGCCAGGAGUGAAGACGGUGAGUACAAUUACCCUUUUGACUCUGACUCCCUUGAUGAUUUUGAGGAAGGGGAUUCUCAUUCAGAAGAGGUAAAGGAGGAUUCCAGUGUGAGGAAAUCGUUCAGUUACGGGAAACUGGCCUUUGCUAAUGCUGGUGGAUCAUUCUAUUCUAGCAUGAGAGUGAAGGGUGAUGAUGAGGAUUGGGUUUACUACAGCAAUCACAAAUCAGACGUUGAAAGUUUGCCGAAAGAGGAUUCUAUUGUUUCGUCCUCCGAGCCUUAUGUAGCACAAAGUUCAAGGCGCAGCUUAUUGCCUUGGAGGAAGAGGAAGUUGAGUUUCAGAUCUCCUAAAUCUAAAGGAGAACCCUUGCUGAAGAAGGCAUACGGAGAAGAAGGUGGUGAUGAUAUUGAUUUUGAUCGCCGGCAGCUUAGCUCUGAUGAAUCUAUUUCAUUUGGAUCACAUAAAGCCGAGGACGAUUCAGGUGCAAAUCGAACAUCGGUAUCUGAGUUUGGGGACGACAACUUUGCGGUUGGCAGUUGGGAGCAGAAAGAAGUAAUGAGCCGUGACGGCCACAUGAAACUUCAGACACAAGUCUUCUUUGCCUCAAUUGAUCAACGCAGUGAACGUGCAGCAGGUGAGAGUGCUUGCACAGCUCUUGUUGCUGUAAUUGCUGAUUGGUUCCAAAACAACCGCGACCUAAUGCCCAUAAAGUCCCAGUUCGAUAGCUUAAUUCGAGAUGGCUCAUUAGAGUGGAGAAACUUAUGUGAAAACCAGACAUACAGGGAGCGAUUCCCCGACAAACAUUUUGAUCUUGAAACAGUCGUUCAGGCCAAAAUUCGCCCUCUUUCUGUGGUUCCUGAGAAGUCUUUUAUCGGUUUCUUUCAUCCAGAAGGAAUGGAUGAGGGAAGGUUCGAUUUUCUGCACGGCGCCAUGUCUUUCGAUAACAUUUGGGACGAGAUUAGUAAUGCCGGAAACGACUCCACAUGUAACAAUGAACCUCGGAUUUUUAUUAUCAGUUGGAAUGACCAUUUCUUCAUCCUCAAAGUUGAGGCCGAUUCUUAUUGCAUCAUCGAUACUCUCGGAGAGAGGCUUUACGAAGGAUGCAAUCAAGCAUAUAUCUUGAAAUUCGACAGCAACACGGUAAUUUACAAAAUGCCAAAUGUUACUCAAUCGUCAGUUGAAAACACAACCGGUGAACAACAAACCGUUGCAGAUGUAUUAGAGCACAAUGACAGGCAGGUUCAGCAAAUCAACGAUAAGGAGUUGGAGUCUGGUGCUGAGGCAGGAGAUCAGUCGAAAAGUGAGCGAGAGGAAGACGAGGUUUUGUGCAAAGGGAAAGAAGCAUGCAAAGAAUACAUCAAAAGUUUCUUAGCAGCAAUACCUAUUAGAGAAUUACAAGCUGAUGUGAAGAAAGGUUUAAUAUCAUCAACUCCACUUCAUCAUAGACUACAAAUUGAGUUUCACUAUACUCAAUUGUUGCAGUCUUGUGAUGUUGUUCCUGUGGCUGAAGAAGCUUCUGUUGCAGUAACUGAGGUUAACACAUAAUCGUACCGAUUAAUGAAAGUACGGUUUUACUCUAACUAGUCUUACUAUGUAAGUGUUUUUUGUUUCUGAUUUGAAGUUAAAUUUAACAAAAGGAGGAUUAUUUGAACUGUUGAUGGUAAAUGAGAGAGUGAACUAAGGUUGUGUCUGUCUAGGGAAGUGUAUCAUGUAAAUUUAUCUUAAUUUCCUUUUCAUCUGAGCUCAAACUUUUGGUUUCUAACAUAAAGAUGUAAGAUGUAUGAAUUGCCUUUUUAACUUUUGCAGUUUUGUUA